AUGCACGCACGCAUGCAGUGCCGAGACAGCCCUCCUGAUGCUCCAGUGUCGAUGGAUGGCGAAGUGACUUCACCCCAGGCAUCGCCACCGCCACCGAGCUUGAAGACACGUACAAUGACAGCACACCUGGCGCUGAGUGUCAUUUUGAUAUCUCCGUUGGCUUGCAUCGCUGUCGUUGGCCAUUUCGUCGGCCGGAGUGAGCCGAGUACAAGUGCCGGACUGCCUGUCAAUACGGCGAAUAACACGCCAUUGGCCAGGGAGUCAUCCGGGCGAGCAGGCCAGAUCUUCUGGAGCGCGCACAGACCCCACCAGGUGCAGCGAGCACAGGCGCAUGCCAUACGCGCCAAGGCCCGCAGGAUUAUGUAA